CUGAAUUGACAAUUAGGUCUAUAGUUGAUAAAAAAUAUACAUAAUGGAGUCACAUUUUUAUAUAUUCUUCUUCGCUUGUUUAUAUCUCCAAACAAACGCCGCCAUCUUGACUACACCUCAUACCAUCAGACCCAUACCCUUCCUAGAUGGAGUUGCUGCACCUAGCUGCGGUUAUAUUCCAGAUAUACCUUUAUUACCACUAGAACCUGCGUGCGGAUGUAAGAUACCUAACUGCGGAUGUUCCCCGCCUAUUGUCGAAGUACCCACCUACUUCUCAUCAGCUGUCGAGGUACCUUCCUGCGGAUGCGGCAACGGAUAUUUCCCGGCCGGAGUUGAGCUAGCUUCUUGCGGAUGUGGUAUACCUAGUUGCGGAUUUAGCGUACCUAAAUGUGGGUGCAGUUUACCUAACUGCGGCUGUGCUGCGGAUCCUACGUUUUACUAUGCCCCACCAUCAUGCGGUUGUGGGGUGUCGAAUUGCGACUGUGGCGUGUACUUCUCUCCGCUAACACCAGCGCCACCUUGCGGAUGUGGGGUGUCAACUUGCGGGUGCACUUUGCCGCCGCUCCCUCCAGUUUUGGGUUGCGCCAAAUAUUUAAGACAGGUGGUGGUACAGCCGCCAUUUUUGUAAUAUAUAUUUUGUAAUAUUUUAACUCAUUGUCAUUAAUUAUAUUGUUUAUUAAUUAUUUAUAUAUCUAUGUAUCUAUAUAAUACAAUUCUAUUUUUAUUUAUUAAUUUAGACAUACAGGGACACCUGGGUUCGUUGCACGCGUCCGUGUAGCCUAACUUCAGGCUGUAGCUGAAAAUCAGCGCUUUGCUUUUAAGCAAAACUAUCACUGAGCUGUAGCCUAUUUGGGGCACUGCGACUCACAUGGCGGAAACAUAUUUUCAUAUUUUAUUUUUUGUUUUAUAUUAAAAAGGUGUAAUUAAUUUGAUUGUAUGAACUCAUUUGCCAAUUAACGUGUGUCAUAAAUGGCUCAAAAAAAGUGUUUAUCUAUCUAUCUAUCUAACUCAAUAUUGUUAAAAUAAUUUUAUAUAUUUAUAUAAUAUAAAAAAAUAUUUAUAUACGUGUCAGUCAUUUGAAUAUAUAAGAUACAGGGUGUUUUAAUGUAAUAAGUACCGGUUUAAUUUACGUAAGUAAUUAAUUAAUUCGUCACAGCCGCUUAUGAUUAAGGGUCACGAUUUGGUCCCGAAACUAGUCGAGCUUUUUCCAUCUUUUCAAAGUUAAACUGGUAGUUAUUACAUUUCAAUUAAUGUGUGCUCACGAAACAUUUAACAAUACAAGGUAUUACAUAUAAACAGGACAAGUACAUAUUUAGCUAUACAUUUUUUUUCUUUUUCUAGUCUGCUAAUUGGCAAUCUGUUCCUUAUAGAACAAUAAUCCAAUCUGCUGUUUGGAUGUCAGGUUCAAAUCUUGUUAAUAUAUAUUAUGAGGCCAAUCCAUUAACCAGCUCUCAGUCUUUGACUGUAAAUAUUUCUACCAGUCCUUGGAUACUGUGUCUUUUUUAUCGAGAGAAACUAAUGCUUCCCGAUCCUUGUAAUUGAGCGGCCAUUACAUAUAUAUAUACAUAAGUAUGUAAAUUUUUAGUCCUUAAUACUAAGUUUAUUUACAUUAUUUUAUUAUGUUAUUUCAGUAUGUCAGUGUUAAUUUAAUAAUUUAUUCGCUCCAUUAUAUUUAUUUUUAUUCAUCAUACAUUUCAUAUAUAUGUAUUGUAUAUUACCUUAAAUUGGUUACAUUUAUAUUAGGUAUGUUAAUUAUUGAAUAAAUUGUUAUAUAUA